GUUGGGUCCAAAGGAAUGGCUGCUAUGGCUUCUGACAAGGCAGAUGGGCAGACCCAGUGGGAGUUUAGCUGUGACAUGGAGGUAGAUUAUGAGUCUGAAGAAAUUGCUUCUAUUGUCUAUAAUACAUUAGCUGUUGAUAAGGAGUUGCAACCAGACAAGGUAAAAAGGCAGAUGUCAGUAUCCAAUGGAAAGCUUUCAGUGCAUUUUGAGGCAGUUGAGGCAAGAUUUCUUCGAGCAUCAUAUAGUGCUUUUGUGGAUGUAUUGACACUUGCCACGAAAACAAUUGAAGAGUUUGGAAAAGGAAUGGAAUUGUAACAACUACAUGUACUUUGACCCGUUAACUUGGCUAGUGUUCUUCAUGAAACGAGAUGCAACUUUAUACUCUCAAAGCAUCUCCAUUGUAGUUUGAUUAGUGCUUGGAACCAAUAUCACGGAUAUUUGAAACGUUGUUCUAUUAUUUGUGGUGCGUAUCAAUUUGCAAUUUUCUGUUC